AUGGAGAGGUUCUCUUGCCAUCUACUGGAAGAGAUUGCGGCACAAAUCAUGUUAUGGCUGCUUCCCGAGUCUUUGAUGCGAUUCAAGUGCAUGGAUCCAGAAUUUGUGACUAAGCACCUUCACAGCACCAACAAAGUCUUAUCCACUAGAACUUGCCACAUUUUCCAUCUAUCCGACUUUUCUUUCUACGAAAACUUGUCCUCAUUCCUUGCUACAUCAAAUGAUUAUGAUGACGGUGAGAAGGAGCCCAUACAUUUUGGCGCUAGAUUCUUUCACUUACCAGUUUUUCCGGGUGAUGCGGAGUUUGGCUUUUGUGAGUAUUAUAGCUGUAAUGGCAUAAUUUGCCUUGUUGGUCUUGGUGACGACACAAUGUUGUGCAAUCCGGUGUUGCGCGAGUGUCUGCUCGUGAAAUCACCUGAGGUUGAUGGGUAUCGUGUGAGGAAAGCAUUGGGGUUUGGCUAUGAUUCAGCAACCGAUGAUCACAAGAUUGUUAGGAUUUUUGAAACUUCUACUCAUUAUGGAGUUGAGCUAGCCACUCUUGGUACUCAUACAUGGAGAAAGAUUAAUGCUCUGUUUGAUAUGAGGAUUCGUAACAUGAUUCGAAUAAUGAUGUUUUAUUGCAUAAAGCUUCCAAAUGAUAUUCCAUCUGUAGAAUCACAUCGGAGGUGUUGUCUUAUGGAGUGGAAUGACUCAAUUGCUUUAUUGCAUGAUAAUCGCCCUUGUCAGGAAAGGACGAGUAAUCUAAGAUCCAUUAAUAUAUGGGUGAUGAAUAACAGCAAUGACAAUGGCGGAAAAGGUUCUAAUUCGUGGAUCAAAUAUCUCACGUUAGAAAACUUAAGUGAAAUGCUUGCUCCGAUGACAUUUUGGAAGAGUGAUGAGCUCCUUAUGAAAGAUGUAGGUAAAGAAAAGUUGGUCUCCUACAACAUUCAUAAGAAAGAGUUUUAG